AUGACACUUUCCACACGUAUAUGGCGCCGCUAUGCCAGUUCCUCGAAGAACUCGGCCGUGUUGAUGCGUGCCCAGCUAGACAUCAACUCCAUCAUCUCCAACCAGGACCAGUACCGUGAUUCCAUUGCCAGAAGACAGUCUUCUCCUGCCAUCCAUCAGAACUUGGAGUUCGUGAUUUCCCAGAGACGUCACCAGCUUGCUCUCGAAGCACAGGUUAACGGGCUCCGCCACGAGAGGUCCAAGCUCGGGUCACUCAUCAAGGCUGCUGAAGACAAGGAUGCCAUCAAGACCCGACUCCAAGCCAUAAAGAGUGAGCUCAAGCCACUCGAGUCCCAGCACAAGGAGCUUACCGAGCAGAUUUACGCUCGUGCUGAUAGCUUGCCCAACUUAUUGGAUUCCAGCGUUCCAGAGGAUGCCCAGGAGGGCCUGGUAGUGGAGCAUAUCAACUGUUCUGCCCACGAAACCUUUCCUACAACUGCCCACGACCACAAGACAAUAGGCGAAAGAUUCGGCAUCAUGGACUUUAACCAGGCGUCGCGGAUCUCAGGGUCAUCGUGGUACUAUCUCAUUGGCGAUGGUGCUCUUUUAGAGCAGGCAUUGGUCCAGUAUUCUCUCAGCAAGGCACGUAAAAACGGCUACACUAUGAUGAUCCCACCAUCGAUCGUGCGGUCCGAAGUAGUGGACGCUUGUGGCUUCAAGCCCAACGAUCACAACGGCGAAAAGCAGGUCUACAAGUUGGAAGGGGAAGAUACUUCAUUGACAGGAACUGCUGAGAUUCCUCUCGGAGCUUUCCACUCCUCUACUAUCUUUGAAGACACCAAGUUCCCCAAGAAGUACGUGGCAGUGUCGCGUUCCUACCGUGCCGAGGCAGGUGCCAGGGGCAAGGAUACCAAAGGCUUGUACCGGGUACAUGAGUUCACUAAGGUGGAGCUCUUCCACUUCACUGGAACCGCAGAACAAGCAGCCCAAGAGCUCGAACAGAUCAAGGAUCUCCAGGUGGAAAUCAUCCACGAGCUUGGAUUGAAAGCCAAAAUGAUCAACAUGCCUACCACCGAUUUGGGGGCUCCUGCCAUGAAAAAAUACGAUUGUGAGGCCUGGAUGCCCGGACGAGGAAACUGGGGAGAAUUGACGAGUAGCUCCAACUGUGGCGAGUACCAGCUGAGAAGAUUGGGGAUUCGUUACCACGAUGGCGAGAAGAUCAAACACGUACAGACCUUGAAUGGUACCUGUAUGGCAGUUCCCCGGGUGAUUAUAGCCUUAAUCGAACAAAACUAUGAUGCAGAGGCCGACUGCAUCCAUAUUCCCGAAGUUUUGAGGGUAUAUAUGGAUGGAAAGGACCGCAUUACCAGCCAAUCCCACUAA